AUGUAACUACUACCUACUUCUGGUUAAUAAUUCAAUGAAGAUACUCCUGCUAGCAUGGAUGAUCAGCAAAGAAUUUUAUUGACUCCUACCUAAAAGCAAUAGAAAAAAGUGAUAAAUUUACCUUUGAAAAACUUGGAGGAGCUGACAAUUUUGACUUAAAUUUUAAUAUUACCAGUGAAGGUCAUGAGAAUAUUGAUAUCAAAGGGUAUUGAUUUGAUGUGCAAAAAUCAGAAUGGGUCUAACGCACUUCACAUUGCUGUUAAGAAAGAAAAUUUACUUGUUAUCUAAACCUUGAUUGACAUUCAUUAUCCUCUUGGCUAUUCUAAAAAUAAUGGAGUCACUGCUCUUGGAAUAGCAGCGUACAAGGGAAAUCUGUAAAUACUCGAUAUUCUUUACAAAGCUGGAACAGAUGUGAAUUAAACAAAUAAGUAGGGUGUAUCCCCGUUAUAUUUAGCCAUUAAAUCUGGUGAUCUUAAGUGCGUCAAAUAUCUAAUUGAUAGGAAAGCAAAAGUUCAUUGCUAUGAUAUAGAGUUUGCUGAAUUCUCUCCAUUAUUCUUCUCAAUAAAGGUUGGCAACUUGCUAGUCUUAGAGCUUAUUUGUGAUACUGGUAUAAAUUUGGAUGAAACCUACAAUCAUUAAGGUUAUACUCCUUUCACUUAUGCAGCUAGUUUACAUUAAAUAGAUCUUGUCAAUUACCUUAGCUUUAGGGUUCAUAAUAUCAAUCAAGAAGAUCCUGAAGGGUUUACAGUAUUCUCAAGAUAUGUUCUUCUGAGUAACUUUGAAAUGGCAAACAAAUUACUUUCUAGAGGUGGAGUAGAAACUUUAGAAUACUGUAAUAGAGAUGGUAAAACACCGUUAACCUUAGCUAUCAUGUAUGAGAAGUAAUAAGCAGUCACUUACUUGAUCUCAAAAGGAGCUGAUCCUCAUAUCAUGGAUCUCUAAGGAAUGGAUAGUUGUGAUCAUGCUAAAAAUAGCAAAUCAUUUAUUAAUUAACCGUUCUUCAAUAGUUGUAAACCUGCAUUAAAAAAGAAGCCAUAAAUGAGACUCUUAAAUGAUAAUGAAUUAAAGUUGAGAGAGAAAAAAAUAAAUAAGUAGUAUUUAGAAGAUGAUAAAUUGCAUUUACUAUCUGGUAAAUCACUUACUGAUGUCCCAGAGGAGCCUUUAAAUAAAAUUAUACCUUUGAAAGAUAUAUCUCUUCCAUAAAUAGACAAAAUGCUUGAGAAUAGGAAUAUAAGCAUAACCGAUAAUGCAAGGAAAAUUCUCAAAAGAGAUACUCACAGGAAUAGCUUAUCACAGUUUAAUCAAAGCAUUCGAGAUAUUGAUCAAGAUUAUAAAAAGAAAUAGAUGAGCAAUGCAUCACUGAAUCAAACAUAUGAGUCUAAAUUUUAUGACGAUUAAUCUGAUAGUGGUGUAAAUUAAUCCCAACUUAGUGGUACAAAUAGUAGAUCUUAAACAAACAAUUCUGAAUUAAAGCAUAGACUAGAAGUAUUAAGUUCGAAAAGAUCACAUAGAAAUGAAAUUUUAAAAGAUUAGAGAUAAAAAGAGUUAUAAAGAAUAGUUUAAGAUAAAGAAUCGAUGAAGAUUGAGUUGCGCAGAAGUAUUUAGAAAUAAGUUUAGAGAGAUCAUCAGUAAAUCGGAGAGAGUACUAAUGAUCAAGAUUAUUAUUAAGAAAAUAAAAUAAGAGGAAUUUAGUAAAUUAGAGAUUCUUUGGAAUAAAUGGCUAAUUCGGUUUCAGAAAAACAAAAAAUUUAAUAGGGCUUAAUAAAAUAGAGAGAGGAUAUGAAUUGGAUAGAAAAUGUAAGUAAAAACGCAGCUGAAAAUUUAAAAAAGUUAAGAUAAGAUAUAGAAAAAGAACUAAGAGAGGCAAAGAGAAUGAAGCACAAUGGAUCUUCUGUAGUUUAAGAAUAAUUAUAAGAAGCUGAAGAAUAGUUUAAAAAGUAAUAAGUUAGAAUGAAACAAAUGAAAAUUUAAGAUCAUGACAAUUUUAAUUAGUAAAUAUAAGAAGAUUAAGUUUAGUCAAUAAGGCAGUAGUAACCAAUUAGAAAUUAAUAAAAGCAGCUUGAUACUUUGAAGAAGACAAUAUAGGAUUUAUCAAGAAAUACGAUAGGUAACAAUAGCAAGACUUUUAAUCUAUAAAGUUAAAAUUUAACAUAAUUAGCCAAGUAGAUAUUUUCUGAUCAAACUCAAGGUAGAUCAUAUAAUCACAAUUAAUAAAAUACUUAGUAAUAGCAUUCCAGCAAGAGUAUGUUGAACUAGACAUAUCAGUAAGAAGAUUUAUUGAGAUCAAGAACUCCUGAAAUUUAAUAAAAUAAAGCUUAUCAACCCUACAUUGAGGAUUAGUCUUUGAAAUAUCAAAGUAACUACUUAAAGUUACCUAAGAUGGAUGAAUUCAGGGGAUACUAAAGUAGACUUGAGGAAUAUCAGAGUUUUCUUCUUCAUCCUAAAUUAAGAUAAACAAAUUAUGAAGAGUAAUACACUUAUCAUCCAUCUGAAGUCUACUAGCAAAUGCUCAAUUAAGAGGAAUUAAUUAAAAGAUAGAACAGGGAAAAAGAAAUAAAGUACUAGAGAUAGCAAUAAGAACUGCUAGAUAGGCUUAAAAAGAAGCUCAAUGAUAUAGAUGGAUAAGUAGGAACAUCUUUAUCUGGAAUUAUAAAUGCUAAGCAUUAUCACAGCCAUAACAAACUUAAAAAUCAUAUUCAUCAUGAUGGUGUUUCGACUCAUAAUAGAACUUUGGAUUAUGAUAGACUAAAUAGAAGAUAAAUUCCUUUAAAGUCAAAAAAUUUACUAAAUAAUCUGAGCUUAAGAAAGCAAUCUGAAAAGCCUAGAUCUAUUGCAAAGACUGUAACUCUAAUUCACCAAGUCAUGAUCACUAUGAUCCCUAUGAUGAGCAUCCCUAAAAUAUAAUGA